UAUAUAUUGCUUUAACUGCUGAAAUUUCUACAACUCCUCUUUUAACUAUUAAUACUUCUUUGAAUAGACAACAAAAAGAAAAAGCUAAAGAAAUUCUUCUAAACAACCACCAAAUUUUUGCUAAAAAUAUUUCCGAAAAAGGACAAACCUUAGAACUAGAACAAACCAAAGAAGUUUAUCAUGGAAUUAAUACUCCUGGUGCUAAACCAAUUAAACAACAAGCCUACAGAGCAUCAUUAGAUGAUUUAGA